AUGGUCGACUAUGACUACGUCGAGUGCACUUCAUCCGCUCUCACAGGUCUCAGUCUGUUCCGCAAAAUCUACCCACACCAUCGCACGGCUGAAGUCUCUCAGGCCAUAAACAAGGCCAGGACCUACAUGCUGGGCGUCCAACGUCCCGACGGGAGCUUCGAGGGAAUGUGGGGGAUAUGCUUCACGUACGGUAUCUGGUUUGCCAUAGAUGGGCUGGUAGAAGCAGGAGAGACCUACGACUCACCUACCGGUGCGGCGAAGCGUGCGUGUGCGUUCUUGCUGUCCAAGCAGAAGGAGGACGGUGGGUGGGGAGAGACGUUCAUGUCGUGUGUGACGAGAGAGUAUGCUCAGCACCCGAGGUCACAAGUCAUUCAGACUGCAUGGGCUGUGCUAUCUCUACUUCGUGCCGGCUAUCCUGACCAUGCACCCAUUCGUAGAGGUAUAGAGCUUCUGCUAUCAAGGCAACAGGCUAAUGGAAACUGGAUUAACAACAGGAAAAAUACCAUCGUCGCAGUUAUAUACAAAGGUUUCGUCAGCUAUCUUCCAUCUUCGUAAGUGCAUAACUAGGAUUGUUAUAUUAUCAUCGAAGACUAUAUACCUAGUAUUGUCCA